UCUCAAAACGAAACACUCCUUUGUCUUUAUAUGGAUCUAGUCGAAUUAAGGGUUUUCGUCGGGGGAGCCUCCAUGAUGAAACGCAAGGAACAUGAGAAGGGCAGCCGAAGCAUCUUGGAACCGAUCCCUCUUGAUCUGAAGAAGAUGGCUAGAUCGCCUGCAAAGAGUGUGACCCAUCACCAAAAAGAAGUCUACGAGUCAAGGGACAAGAGCCCAGGUAAGAAGCUACAUGUCUUCCUCCCUUACGAUAUGGAGGUGGAGACACUGACUAGAUUGCCUGGAAAGUCGCUUAUGAAGUUCCUAUGCGUGUCCAAGAAUUGGUAUUCCCUUAUCCGAAGCCAAAGAUUCGUCGCUUCUUACUACGCUGCCAAGCCAUCCCGUUUUGUAGCCGCUUUCACCAACAGUGUAUUUGGUAAACCCGCGCGUCUGUUCAUCUUCUCGGGAGAGGAGGAGAAAACUUGUUCUUCUUCUUUGGUUGCCAAUCUAGACAUGACAAUACCCUCGGUGACCUUGCCUUACAACGGCUACAAGUAUUCUUCCGUCCAUGGCUUUAUGGCUUGUAAUGAUGGGGCAACUUUCAUUGUUUGUAACCCUAGCACGCGGCAAGUCCUUUCCUUUCACUGCAAGGCAUUUCGCACAUCCUUGGGAUACGAUCCUGUCCAUGAUCAAUUCAAAGCGUUGACCCUGUUGACCUCUGAGUUUGAUCAUAUUCAUAACCCUAGUUUGAUGAUGUGCACGCACGAGGUUAUAAGACUUGGAAGAGGAGGAGUAGUAGUAUCUCGUAGCAGCCAAGUUACCUCCCCGUAUUAUCUCCCUUUGACUGUGGGACUAAGCAUCAAUGGUUUCAUGUAUUAUGGUGCUUCUGUUCCAGUUCCAAAUGAAGAAGAGACUCCUCCUACUCCUGUGUUUGUGUGUUUUGAUGUUAGAAAUGAGAGGAUACUAAGUUUUAUCACAACGCCUAAGGAGGUCCUGGUUUGGCAGUCUUAUACAUCAUUGAUAGAAUACAAAGGGAAGCUAGCUGUCAUUGUACCUAGGGAUGUUAACUACAGGGAUGUGACGAAACAUGAGUGGUCCAAACAAACAUUUGAGCUUCCCUUGCCUCUUCCCUUCACUCGUGCGCCGAUGGGUCAGAGAUUGAUCUCCCAAGGAACCAACAAGGCUGGUGAAAUCAUUUUCUCCCCAACAACUCUGCCAGGCCGUGCCAAGCCCUUCUAUGUUUUCUACUUCAACACAGACACGAAGAGCGCCAGAAGAGUCAGGAUCCACGGUGUCGCAGAUACUGAAGAGUUCUGGAGCCGUUAUGGACUCACAGGCAUUUGUUGCGCCUCUUUCUCACCCCAGCACGCUGAUAGUAUUGCUUUUCUAUAA